AUGAGCGAAACGAAUAUUCGGCCAGUGAGGGAGCCGCAAACGAAAAACGAAAUCGUCAAUGGUUCCCGCAGAGUUCUUAAACGCUCGCGGUCUCGUUCUCCUGUGACUACGAGAGCCUCUGAGGCUGCUGAAGAGGGCGACGUAGAGUCCUCCUUGGAGGCAGCGUCGCUCUGUCCCAUCCCCAGUUUCGACUAUGACGCUAGUCGUUCCGGUUCCCACAAUUCUUCCCGAGCGCCCGUUUCCAUGAAAGUCCGACACCGUGGGGAUAUUCCGCCCCGAAAUGCUUCGACGUCUUCCGUCUCCUCCUCGUCGCGCUCCAAUCUCUUUCCAUCCGACGAUCGAUCCGGGUCCCGAUCGUCCUCACGGGUCGACUCCACCACGUUCCGACCCUCCCCGAGCCGUCACGGCAACAGCUCCAGAAGCCGUAUACCCACGAAUGCGUCGUCUCUCUUUGGAGCCGUUAUGCAGCAAGUGCAAUCGGAAGCACUCCCUGCCGACGAUCCUCGUUCCUAUCGCACCGCGUCGCCGGCUCCCCAAACUCCCCAACCACACCAUCACAACAUGCACACCAAUGUACACGACUUUCUCAACUCCUUCCAAUCACCCUUUUUCGUACCCGACGAACGAGAUUCCGCCUCCACUCCCGUACCCUUGACUCCACGGACACCCCAGAAUGAUCCCCAGUGGCGAGAAACCAGGCUCGACCAAUUCGUCACGGACUGGUCCCUGCACACGAGAGUACACUUGGCCGGACAGCCGCACUUGUCCGUCGCCGACACGAAUCGCUAUUCGCACCAAGGGAUACAACAUUUUACGCUAUAUUCCCAGUCGUACGGGUCCAACGGUGGACCGCCCGUGGCUCCUCCUGUACGGUGGGAGGCCGCACGCUGCUACUGGCAGUACCCCGUCGAGCCGAGCAACCCCGAUAUCAGCACUGCUCGCGUACAGCCACUCGCGACGACGACGGCGCCCUUGCAGGAUACCUCCCAGGACAAUACGCGACGGGGAACAGGGUCCAAGUUGGCCCCGGAUCAAUUUUUUGCCCAACCGUUUACCGACCCGACCGCGUCCCGCAAUCCAACCGUGGGGAUUCGCAAGCCGUACGCAUCGAAUCCGAAACGCACAAUACCAUUGGAGCGCGAGUGGCAGCAAGCCUUCCAGAGCUUGUACCAUACCUGGGUACUCCGGAUCCGGGCCUUUAAUCAACUUCUGAUACCGCACCGUGAUCCAAGCAUCGUUCCCCAUUGCUAUUUCUAUGCCGUGCACCCAUCCAGGGCCGUUCUCUUUCGCACCAGAUUGAUACCAACCAAAGUCCAUGACCAUAAAGUCGGGGACAGCGAAGAAUCAGUAGACGGCCUAACGCUGCAACCCGAAAUCCUGGUCUCCCAGUCAACGCGAGCGAUGCGCGACUUCCUGCGCUCGCACGAAAUCCGGUUUGCCCCCGUCGACAUUCACGGCGUUUUCCCGGAAAACGACGACACACAAACAAACUUGGACGGAAAGUUUCAGAAUACUGUCGCGAGUCCCGGCACCAAGGCUGAUUUGGAGGCUUUGCGACGCGCGCAAGUGUCAGGAAAAACAGUCGGCGCCGAUGUUUCCGUUGUGCGGAAACCCCGAUCCGCGCCGCUGGUGAUGGACGACCCCGCCCCGCACGCCUUGCUAAUUGCGGGACACGAUGACUGCGCGGCCGCUGCGGAUCUUUGUUUCAACACGUUGGGACACUGGGGCGUAAGCCCUCGCGAUCGUACUGGCCCACUCCCCAAGCUCCUUGCCCGCGGGCUGGGACCCUUUGCGCAUGCGUCCCUGCAGUCCUUGCGAGUCAUCAAGAACCGCGGGCUCGACCACACCGUCGAGUCAUUGGAAAUACAAGGCUACGUAUUGCCCUGUGCCCUCCCAAAUUUAGUUCAGGCCAUCGUGGCUGUCCACCUAGCACCGCUUGGCUAA